GCUUUCCUACCCAUAGUGCAAAAAUUUGUAGCUCCGGGAAGUUUCAAAGUUGAGUCUACAGUCUACAACUUCUGAACUUGCCAACGGAUAGAUCUAGAUCUAGAUCUAAAUUCUAGAUCUAGAUGCUUGUUUUUGUGAAAUCAACAUUUUGUUCAAUACAUUGGUAUUGAAUGUCAUAGCAUGAUCUGCUAGAACUGGAUCACAAAGAACAUGUCUAAUUUCUGAACAAGUCAGAGUGAUAACCCAGUUAAAAAGAUGCAAAAAGAAGUGAACGAAGGCAUGAAAACUCCUUUAUUAGAAAUGCAACAAGAAGCAAAUGAAGGGUUGAAACUUUCUGUUUCAAGUAGCUCUAUGCAAGACAGUACUUAUGAAGAAAUGUAUGAUUCUGAAUUAUGUGAAAAUUUUGACUCAGAUGAUUCAGAUGAUGAUAUACCAGAAAUUCAUCCAUUACUGCAAAAAGACAUCCAACUUCUUCAGAUUUUUUUCCCGCAAAGCUGUAUCAAAACAAGCCUUGUAUCUCAAUUAUGUCAGAUGGAUUUAACUAUGUGUUUUCCUUUAACACACUUAAAUGAAAUGAAGAUGAGAGCUUGGGGCCUCUGCAAAGGAUUUCCAAUUAACAUUAGAUUAACAGUCAAUUCCAAACUCUAUUUGGCUACUAAUGAAACUGUUAUUGCUAAAGUUUUUCAAGAAACUUCUACCAAAUGCAACAGUGUAUUAGGUCAGCUGGAAAGAAUCGCCAGAUACUUUUGUACAAAACAGUUUAGCAUAUUAACGAAUGAAAUUGUUCAGAAACAUAUUGAUAAUUGCAGUUUUCAAGACAAUGUACUGAAUGGAUUUAAAGAUUCUGAGUCAGGAGAAACAUGUGAACUAGAGAAAAAAACUCCCAGUUUAGAUUAUGGACUUUUAAGCCAAAUCUACUAUUACAUGCAAGAAAGAAUCACGACAUUGAGCAACUUUUGCCCAAUUUGUGAUAAUCUUCAUCCUGGUUGUGCUGAUAAGGUUUUAUUAAAGCCUGUAGUGUGUACGAAUACACUUUGUAUGUUUACCUAUCAGACCUUUGAAGCUAUGACAGAUCUAGCACAUUGGAUUAAUGUGCAACCAGAGGUAGUUCAGCUCUUGAUUCUCUUAACAAAAGCUGCUAUAGAGCAUUCAAGAGAUGGGCAUCUUAGCCCUGCCCCACUCAUCUUUAACCCUGAAAAUUCAACAGAACUUAUUGUAGAUUUAAAUACAAAGUGCUCAGAGCUCAGGGAGAUCACGAAAUUCAUUCCUGAUAUAAAAGAUAUGUUGGAUUUAUCAGAAGACUUGCUGAAAAAUAAUUUCCAAGAAGCCCAUAUUGCUAGCUAUCCCUUUUUAAGAUGGAUCAUUUCAAGUCUUAGGGCUCACAUUGAGUAUAUCCCACCUGAAAAGCAAUUUGAGUUUAUGACAACAGACCACCAGUUUCUAUUGCUCUUCAAACCUCCAAGGGAAGAUACCAUAUUUAAUCAAAAGAAAAACAAAUAUGGAAGUGUGUUUGCAUUUCAUGGAUCUCCAAUCUUCAAUUGGCAUUCCAUAAUCCGUGAAGGUCUUCUGGUUGCUAGUGGAACCUCUAGGCAGUUGAAUGGUGCUGCAUAUGGUAAUGGUAUCUAUCUCAGUCCAAACUUGCAUUUGUCCUUAGGCUACUCUUGUUUUAGUCAUGACAUAUUAUGGUGUAGUAAACUCAAGAAAAACAAGAUCCCCGAAUAUAACAGAUUUCUCAGGAACUCAACUCACAUAGCCUGUGUUACUUUAUGUGAAGUAAUAAAUGACAGCCAUCUUAAAAAGCACACAAAAGAAAUCUGGACUUGUGAGAAAAGUGAAAAUGUUACCACAAGAUUUUUUUUUGUGUAUGAUAGGAAUUCUGAGACACCGCAGCGUAAAACCACAGAUUAUGUAGAUACAGAAAGGCCAAAAUAUGCAGAUCAAUUUUUCAGUACUCUGAACUACUAUUCCUCUUUGUAUUCUUGAUCCUACAGGCUCUUUAUGUUUUCUUUGAUUUCAAUAAACAUGCUUAGUUGGGGAAAGAAUUGCUAAAUCACCCCCAAACUGUCCUAACAAUUGUUACAAAGUUAAAGUUACUUUUGUGAGUUACUCUUUUUGCCAUGCUGCUGAGACAAUUAUAAGAGAGUUAUCUUGACAAUGUAUAUUAAGUACUGAUAGCAUUUAUUUAAGAAUCUUCCUUACAAUGCUAUGUUCAUUUUGUUGAACAAUUGCCUUACAUUAGUUUCACACUGACCACAGUUCAUUACUUUUUUUUUUUCCUGAAUAACUAGUCAGUAGUGUAGGUAGAGAAAGCAGAUGAGCACCUGGCAUUUACACAGUAGGAUCUUCUUAAUCAGUAGCAACUUCUUAAUGAAAGAGUAAACAAAACAAAAUUUAUCAAUUAAAUAAUACAGUCAUUUUAAAUAAGUUAGAUGCUGACAUUAUUAUGGCAUGAUUAUCUCCCACCCCACCCAAGAUUUAAAUAGGCCCUCCACACACUUCCUUUCCCUUUGCACUGCUGAAAUGGUUUAUCCACUGAAAUGUCUAUCCAAGACAACUAAUGGUAGGCACAGAGAGAAGAGGUUUACAUGCAUCAUGUCUUGUAGACCAGGAACUAUUUAAGAAAUAAAUAAGACAUUUAGCUUUCAUAAUUUCAUAGGCUUAGAAUGAGACUUCUUUUCUUUUUUUUUUUUUUAAUAUUUGUCAUUAGAUCUAGACACUACUUGAAGUCAUCCUGCAGGUCUGGGUUAGGAUGUAGUGAUCUUCAUUUCUGAACCAUCAACCAAAACCUGUAAGGGGAUGUAACUGAGGCAGGAACUAUUUAUAGCCUAUAUUAAUGUAAGCCAGUUCUUAAAAUUUUUCUAAAAAAAAAAAAAGAUAAAUGCAACAUUACUUAGACUAAAUUUUAAAAAAAACAACAACUUUUUUCUUGCUUUUAAGUCAAUUGAGUAGGCUGGAAGUUUUUUUAGCCCACAUGCAAUUGGAUGCAAUUCUUCUGCUGCAAAUUACCAUAGACUAGCUGUAAACUAACUCAUUAGAGUUUGUAAGAGACUCAAUUUGCUUUUCUUCUGCAAGAUUCUUAAUCCUACAUUUCUACUUCUUGUUUUGAUUGUAGACCAAGUUAAAAUAACAAUUUAACUACAUCAAUGGGAAGUCAUUGCAUGUUACAAGACAGAAAAUGGAAUAAUAAAAUCCCACUGUGUAUAAGAAAGAAAUAGAACAAUCCCUGCUUUCUUUGACCUAAGACUUGAGCAGGAAACAAUAUUUAGCUUGUAAAAUGUGGCUGCAAUCUAUUCCAAAUAAACCAUCUACCUGGACUCUUCUAUUUUGAUAAAGAGUUCACCACUGCUAACAAUUUCAUCUUAAGAAACUUUUAAAGUAUCAGAUGAUUAGUAAUUAAACCGUUUAGGUGCUCAAAACACAUAUUCGCAGUUCUAAAAUGGAUAUAGAUCUACUUCGAUUAAGAGAUUGGUACAUCAUUAAAUUCUUAGAACAAAAACUAUGAACAAUCUCAACAUCAUUUAAUAAACUGCAAUGCUGUAUCAUUUUCUAUUGGAUUUGAAAAGACAACUAGAGAAGUGCCUAACAUACUCUAAUUCUCAAAUUGAUCUCAUUUAAAUUCAAAACAUUCCAAACCAAAAAAUAUUGCAAGUUUUUUUUAUGACUCUGGUAGCCUAUACUUGUUCUAUAUCACACACAUACAGUUGUUGACUCACAAAGAUGUUCUUCAUUUUUGAAAUGUUUACCUUUGUUAUUUUAAAAAUAUUCUACCUUUAACAUGACCUUAUUCAUCCUUUAUAUAAUGUUUACAUUUAUCAUGGAUUAGUUCUUUAUUUUGGGGUAGCAAAAUUAACAACCAAACAAUAAGUUGUCUUUCAGUAUUAAAAUAUUUGUUUUGUCUUCUAGUCUAAGUAAGAAUCGGAUUUAAUGUUAUCAACUUUCAAGAAUAACAUUUUUUUCAUUGCCUGUUCUUUAGUUUCUUAGUGCCAUUUUCAGGUGGUUCUUUCAAUUUCACAUAAAAACAUUUGUUUGAAUUCUGUCACUAAUAAAAUGACAUGUUUAACACAAUG